CAUAAAAAUGGUGCGUGGGAAGUGUAUGGUGUGUGACUCCCCGAAUGCUACAAACUACCAUUUUGGAGCACAAUCCUGCAAGGCUUGUGCUGCGUUUUUCCGUAGAAGUAUUGCCAUGGAUCAGUGCUACGAGUGUCUCGGAGAUGGGGUACAUUCCUGCAAAAUUGACCACACUCUCCGCCUCAAUUGCAGGCAUUGUCGACUUAAAAAAUGCCAAAAAGCAGGAAUGAUGAGGGAUUUGGUUCAAGCAAAACGAGAAAUCAAAUCUGAUAAAGGAAAAAACUCGAGAAAUUCUUCACAAUCCGAAGAUUUUUUCUCUCCGCCACCUGAACAGCCAGGACCUUCAAAUUAUUUCGAUCAAUUCCCAUGGCAAGCAUCGGAAAACGAAAUGGAUCCGUACCCAUCGUCACCAAAAAUACGGAAAAUGAGUGAAAAUCUGAUGGGAAUCGAUGAGCUCCAGCAAUUUAUUCAAAUUCCCGCCGGUGUCGACGAUUUUCCGGAUAUUUUUACGGAUUCUGAUGAGAUUCGAUCGAGAAUGACGUCGAUAUCAGAAGCUUCUGCCUACGUCACUGGAAUGGAGGAAGAAGAGAGGUUAUUCGGAUUGGCCGGUCUUUACACGGAGCAAGUGAUUAAUUUGAAUAUGCGUAGGCGGAUAACAUAUACCGACAGGCUUUUAGGAUCAGUUUUCGAUGCUCCGUGUGUUUGUCCGUACGACAAAGCUGAUCUGAAACUAUUCGACCAUCGGACCUAUCGGCAGAAGAAUCGGAAUGAUUAUACAAUGAUUUUAGAUUAUAUCAAUCGAUUUCCAGAAUUCGAGAGUUUGUCCAAGUCGGAGAAGACCGUCCUAUUUCGAACCGCCGCCGCAGUCGACGUGCUUUUGGACCAAUCCUAUUAUAGUCAAGUAAUCUUCCCGACAGAAGAUGUGCUAGUCACCGCAAAUGGCGAGUACCUUCCAAUGAAUCCAAUGCCGAAGGUCGAAAAUCAAAGGGACAGCGGGAAUUUCCAUUCGGAUGAGGAUUACGAUAGGUUCAAAAUGCUCACUUCGAUGAAGGUCCGGCAGUGGCUUCAUGUUUGUGAACCGAUGAAAAAACUGGACAUGUCGCUGGCCGAGUUUUCAUUGUUCAAAGCUCUGACUAUCUGGCACUAUAACUACUACAAACUACAGUGUACCGGCAAGCAAAUAUGCUCCAGACAACGAGAUGACAUUUUCCGAACUCUUCUACUAAUUUGUGAUGACGAGGGUCAUGACAGCGCACUUAUCCGUGCAUCGGAAAUUGUACUGGCAGUGGGGAUCGCAAUGGCCGAGGUUCACGAAAUGGUGACGUCAUAUAUAGAGAUUACGGUGUACGAUGUGUUGGAUGAUCCGAUUUUGAAGGAUAUGCUCAAGUUUCAGUAUUGAUUUGUUUUCUUUUUUGUUAUUGUGAUGUUACCGGUCUUGUAAAUGUGAGUUAAUAAAUUUGUUCUCAAAAUUCC